UAACUUUUCUCUGGUGGCCUUGGUUUUAUGUGAAUAGUUACUACAUAUGUCAAUGUUAUGAAUUUGUUUUUCUAAAAAUUAUAUUGAGUUAUUGGUAGGUAAAUUGGAUGAAAAACAGAUUUUCAAAGCUAAAAUUUCAUGCAGUAAAAAAGCCCCUCAGAAUUACAUAAGAUUGCUAUUGUUUUAUCUCAAUCUGCGAUGCUACCUAUUGAUCUCAUUUUUCUCAAACAAUAGAGAUGUAACGGUAUCCAUCUGCUUCCUACUUUUGGAUGAGUGCAUAUAAUGAGAAAUAAGCUAUUUUGAAAAUUAACGUAGGUAAUGGACGGUAUUACAAGAUUAUCAAGUUGUAGCACAUUGCUAAGAAGGUGUUCAGGUUCAUAUAUCUGCCAGCAACUGAGAUUUAGAAGUAGAACUCACUAUGAAGUACUGGGAGUUUCAAAAACAUGCAGCACAAAAGACAUUCGAGAAGCAUACAUGACCCUGUCUAAAAAGCUGCAUCCGGACGUAUCUCCGGGGAGUCACAGCGAGUUCGUCCUGCUGAACGAGGCGUACCAGACGCUCAGCCGCCGCCAGGCGCGCGCUCUCUACGACGCCAGCCUGCUGCGCCCGACGACGGCAGCGCCGCCACCCGGGCAGAGCUGGAAACGAUACGGCGACGUCGAGUCGACACACGACCGAGUGUUCACUGACGACACCAUCUGGGGCAUGAGGGACCGCAGCAAGGACAGCGAGUUCAGCGACAAGCCCUAUUACGGCAUCCGCGGGGUGAAGCGGCUCUCCAACGGUCCCAUCGCCGUGUUCUGCCUGCUCUUCAUGGUGCUGGGCAUCUUCAUACACGUGACGGCAAUCAGAGCCUCCCACCAGAGUGCGAUGGCGUACAUCGAUGAGAAAAAUCGACGCAUCUACGCUACUUACUCAGACGCCAAGAGCAAGGCAAUGGAUCCCAAGGAUAAAACCAAGGUCGAAAGUUUCCUUAAGUCUUUAAAGGCAGAUGCUGUUGAGUAAUAUGCUCAUAUGAUCUUGAUUAGGUUAAAGCCUAAAGGCAUUCGUGAAAUGUCUUUGCUACGGUGAAAAUAUUGUUAUUUUUGUGUACUGAAUAGGUGUAGGCACCACACUAAGUAAAUAAUAGGGAAGUAGGGAUGUUACAGUUGGGAUACUGCAGUGCGACUGAGAUAUCAUGGAAGGAAUCCUUUGAUUGCCUGUCGUCUCAGAUCGAACAUUGAUAUAUGAAAGCAAUUUUGAGCACACCGUUGAAACCAAGUAGUUCAUCCAUUGGUCAGAUCUGUCCGUAACUAUACUAACACGGUAAUUAUAUUCAUACGAGUGCUAUGAUAGGUUUAUCUUGCCUUGUGAGAGGUUCGAGCUGUUAUAAGCGAAUCGAUAUCCAAUCAUCAGAUAUUUAGUUAUCUAUUGGUGUAAAGGGCACAUUGACGAUUAGAAAGCAUUUUACGUCAGGAAAGGGAUUGAAUGAAGGUCUUGCCACAAAGCUGAAGUCUCUAGGAGGUCUACAAUGUCAGACUGAAUGUGCAGGGAGCGAGUGGAUGCAGUGGUUGCCUGAAUAAUGUCAGAGUUUUUAGUGAUGGAAUACGUGAUGAAAUGUGUGCGGCUGUGAUGCAAAGGGUUUACCUUUAGGUCGACAAGAAUCACAGUCUUAGUUGGGUACCGUACCACUGUACCAUUUGGACGAUAGUCGAUAGCGAUGCGCCGGAAGCCUGAAUUGUGGCAACAGUCGGGUUGUCUAAUGUCUAUGGCUGGUUCAGUUGCUGUCUUGCAGGCGUUUAGUAUGAAUGUCGGUGGUGACCGGAUGUGUAUUGUUUAGAAAACAAAUAAAUGAUGGGAGUCAUGUUGA